AUGAUUUCCCUGGGCCUUGGCCGGGAAGCUAAGGCAGAAGACCUCAUUGUGAAGGCGCUGACCAGACCAGAACAGUGGGUCGUCCUCCAGAACUGCCAUCGUGCAGCAUCCUUCAUGCCAAGGCUUUGCACUAUUGUACAAUCAUUUAAUAAUCCAGAUGUGACAGUAGACCCUGAGUUUAGGCUAUGGUUAAGCUCAGAAUCAAACAGUUCUUUCCCAAUUCCUCUUCUUCAAAAGAGUUUAAAGAUUGCAGUGGAAAACCCCCCGGGACUGAAAAAUAAUUUACUCCAGACGUUUGGAUACAGUGGGUGUGGAGUGGUAACAGAAGAAAUAUUUGAAAAAACUGACUGUGGACCAUGGUGGAAAAAACUUCUAUUCAACUUAUGUUUUUUCAAUGCGCUGAUCAAUGAAAGAAAAACAUAUGGAGUAUUGGGCUGGAAUAUUGAUUAUGAAUUUCAUUCUUCAGACCUAGAGGUGGCCAUAAAGGUGUUGGAAAAUGCGCUGACCGCACAGCCCGCUAUCCCGUGGCAGACACUGCGCUACCUGUUUGGGGAAGUGAUUUACGGUGGCCAAGUGACUGAUAACUGGGACAGGCGAUGUUUGAACACCCUUGUCUACAAAUUCUGUAACCCCGACGUGCUGGAAGAUGACUUCGGUUUCUUUAGUGAUGAGCUAUGUCAGCCAGUGCCAGAAUCUGCAAGCAUAAAGGAUUACGUACACAUUAUCCAGUCUUUACCUGACGAUGACCCUCCUGAGCUUUUGGGGUUGCACCCUGAGGCCAUGAGGGGCUGCAGGGAGAUCCAGGGCCAAAAUUUCAUUGAUAAUCUCAUUGCCCUACAACCAAGAACAACCCCUACCAGUGUCAUGAUCAGCGGUAAGCAGAGCAAUGAUGACCUGGUGAUGGAAGUUUUAUCUGACAUGCUGAAGCGGCUGCCACUGUCCGUGGAGAAAGAAGAUGGUGCUCGAACUCAGAGCACACUGAAGCGCAUCAUGUCAAGCCCCAUCUGGGAGUCUCUUUAUAAAGCCCUCAAACGCUAUGAUCCCCUUAUCCAUUGUGUCUUGCUAACCUUUUUGAAACAAGAAAUGGAACGAUUUGAUAAGUUACUGUUUGUUAUACAUGAGUCUUUGAAAGAUCUUCAACUUGCUAUGAAAGGACAGAUCAUCCUCACCCAAGAGUUGGAGGAGAUAUAUGACUCUUUUCUCCAAACCAGAGUGCCAGCAUUUUGGCAGAAAUAUGCCUACAAGUCAUGCCGACUCCUGAGUUCCUGGGUUAAUGAUCUCAUCCAGCGACUGAAUUUCUUUAAUACCUGGGCCAAAAUGGCUUCCACUGCGAUACACCGUAGGUACAUGAGACUCACCACAGCUUGGAAGCACCCUGUCCCAUCACCUAGCCCAAAACCCAAACAUCCUUCUGAUGAAAACAGUGAUUUCUUUGAAGGGUUUCCUGCAAGAUACUGGCUCCCAGCUUUCUUCUUUCCACAAGCCUUUCUCACUGCUGUGCUUCAAGACUAUGGACGGUCCCAAGGACUCUCUAUCGAUAGCCUGACUUUUACCCACCACGUGAUCUCUGACACCACUAACAUCAAAGAGGAGGAGUUCUCCAUCAUCAUCCAAAGGAAACUCAACAUCGUCAGGAGAGCCUUUAAGUGCACAGAUUCCACACACGUUGGAGUUCACGUUUUUGGUUUAUUCAUCGAAGGGGCAAGGUGGAAUCAUGAAGAAAAAAUUCUAGAAGACUCGCUGCCUCAUGAAAUACAUUGUGAUUUUCCUGAAAUAUACUUCUUGCCAACAAAGAUUUCUACCAAAACACCAAGUGCUUCUAACCAGACAGAUUCAGAACGCUAUACUUUUGAAUGCCCAGUUUAUCAGACACCUGAGAGGUCACGGACUCUGACAAGCACUUGCUCACCCUCAAAUGCUUUAACAUCAGUGUCUUUAUCCACAAAGAAACCUCCUAGUCACUGGAUCACAAUGCAAGUUGCAUUGCUGUGUGAAAAGAAUGAAAAAUAA